UUAGUCACAGUUUCUUGUUUGAUUUAUACAAGUUUGCAAUUGAAAUUUGCUGUGCAAACGCUCAACAAAUUUUCAACACAUCAUAUUCUAGGCUGACACAUUUACCCGCUUAGUAAGCGGUCUCGUGCAGUGGUCUCGUGUUAGUUUACAAAAGCAACGCAAAUACGCGAACACUAUUAUUACGACAAAACGCUUUGACCUGUUAUAGUCUUAUAGAUAACUGAUUGACCUAAUGCUCCAGUUCCUUUUAUUUUGGAUAUCAUUGAAAAUAUACAUUCUUUAUUAUAAACAUAAGAUUUUUUAAUAUAAACGCGACUGAAUUGUCCCCAUAACAGAUGGCUUCGUCGUGAAAACUAUGUAACAUUGGGCAAUUUAUAAAAUAUCGGUAUUUUUCACUCAUUGUUAUUGUUAUCACAAGACCAUCACACCUUAACCUUGGCCACUGUAUACCUAAUAGAAUUUGUCGAUUACUGUGCAUCAUGUUACUAAAAAUCCACUGAUUGUGAGGUCUGGUUUAGUCAGGAGAAACCUGUCAGGCAAAUUGAUAUGUCUAGUUUUAAUAAAGAUAGUCGUUACUCUUGGUUUUAUCUAGUAGUCAAUUCUAUUGUUUCUUUCUUUUUCAUCGGCUUGUGCGAUUCUGUUGGAAUUAUUGUAGCUGUGUUUGUUGAUCUUUACAAAGAGGAUAAUACGAAAGGAGGCUGGCUUGGCUCGAUUAUCUUAUUUCUAGUAUUCUCCCUAGCACCUAUCGUUGUUCAAGCUUAUCAUCGCUAUGGAUUUCGCUGGUGUAUUUUCAUAUCUAGUGUACUUUAUAGCUUGUCUUUUGUUUUAACGCUUUUCGCGCCAAAUAUGAACUAUGUAUUUUUCACGUUCUCUCUUCCAUUUGGCAUAUCCACAAGUUUUACAUCUACCUUAUCAAUAAUAACUCUUCGAGAUUACUUUAAUAAAAGAUAUGGGUUUGCUGUUGGAACUCGUUACAGCGCAGGUGCUCUUGGAAGUGGAGUGAUGUCAUGCAUUCUUCCAAUAAUUUUUCAUGUUUUUGGUUUUCAUUAUACGUUGCUCAUCUUGCUGGGACUCUGCCCAUUGUUUCUCUUGUAUGGAAUUGUUGGUGGACGCAACGUCACAACCAUGACGUCACAAGAUGAAAAGAAAAUGGCAAAGCACGUUUAUAUGGAGUUUCUUCAAGAUAAAUCAUUUACGUUUAGUUUGGUUGCAAUAGUUUUAUUCGUUUCAUCUUUGACGAUACCGCAUGUAUUUAUGGUGCGCUAUGGAAUUUCGUUGGGAUACUCUCUAUCAAAAGCUAAGUGGUUUCUCAUUGGAAAAGGAUCGAUGUCGUUGGUGGGAACAUUUUUGGCUGGUCCUGUUAGUGACAAAGCAUUAAGACACAGAAAAGUAAAGUGGAUAAGUCUUACUGGAUGUAUCUUGUUUGGUUUAUUAACCAUAUCUUGUUCCUUUGCUCAGUCGUUUGCACUCAUCAUGGCGUAUAUGAUGCUAAUAGGACUAGUGGAAGGAACAUGGUGGGCGUUAUAUCCAGUACUUGUUGUUGAAAUGACAUUUGACUACUGUGUAAACGAAGCAUAUGGGUUUGUCAGUUUUGUCAUGGCUUUUGCUAUACUACCAUGGCCUCCAUUUCUAGGCUGGCUGUUUGACGUUACUGGUGAUUUUCGAUAUGUAUUCUACAUUAUAUCCGCAAAUUCAUUAUUUGCAGCUUUUCUCCUCUUUCUCUGCACUCGUGAAACGACUGACUCGCGUUUGGCUAAAAAAAUCACAAUAAAAACGAAUAAUGUCAAAAACAAUAACGAGCCAACUGCCUCACAUGUUCAAAGAGCCGCUGUAAUUGAAACAUUUUACGAAACAUCUUUAUGAAAUUUUAAUUAUAUCGAACAAUAAUGAGGGCUAUUUUAAUUGGAUUAAACUCGCAAAUUUUAUUGCGAUUAAUUUGAGAAAAGGUUAUACCAUUGUUUUAAUGGAAAAUGAAUUUAUAAAUGAAAGUUUUUUGGGUGCAUACACAUUA